CUCACAUCCUCCAAGUCCAACUUUCAACACAACCACCACCUCCCACAUGUGAGUCUUCCAUUGUAAUCAAAUAAUCAAGCUUUCACUUCAUAAAAUUCCAAUGGGGAAUGCCUUGGCAGGAAAGAAAACGACCAAGGUCAUGAAGAUCGACGGCGAAACCUUCAAGUUGAAGACUCCGGUCAGAGUCUGCGACGUCCUCAAGGACCACCCGGGGCUCGUGCUGCUGGAAUCCGAGGCGGUCAAGCACUACGGCGUCAGGGCCAGGCCGCUCGAGGCCAACCGGGAGUUGGCGCCCAAGAGGCUUUACUUUCUCGUGGAGCUACCGCGCGAGGCGGCGGUGCUGCCACGGAGGGUGCGGUCCGGGAUCAACAUGAGCGCCAAGGACAGGCUGGAGAGCCUGGUGCUGGCGCGGAGGUCUGCGUCGGACCUCACCAUCAUGAAAGGGCAGGGGAUGGAAGCGGCGGAGAACGGCGCAGUACGGCUGAGGAUGCGGGUGGCGAAGGCGGAGGUGGAGAGGGCGAUGCGUGGGUGCGAAACGGACGCGGAGGCGGCGGAGAAGAUCGUUGGACUCUGCAUGGCCAAAAGCGGCGAGGGUUCAAAAGCUCGUCAGAAAAGAGUGAGUUUUAUGGCAAUCAGUGAAGGAGGGAGUCCUAUAAUAGGAGUGGCUUCAUGAACAGUUAUUUUACAUGAAUUAGCCUUCAUGAGAAAAUGAGCUUCACGGUGCUUUUAUUAUUUAAUUAUAAGACUGAUAUUGUUUACAUUUUCUUGCUAUAUAUAUAUAUUUUUGUGUAUGAGUCACAAACUGUUGCAAUAAUUAUAUAUGGGUGUUUCUUAUAAACAGUACCUUUGUAGUUGUGAAUAACAGUAGUG